UAUCAGAGCAGGCUGAUCCUUCAGGCUUUGUUGAGGCAGGGAAGCCAUUUUGGGAUCUUGCAGCAGUGUGGAUUUAGGAAUUACUGUCAACUUGCAAACUUGCCCCUUGCCAGCCGCUUUGUGAUGGAAGAAUUUGGGAUAUAACCUCCUCUCUGAGGACAUGAACCACGCAGACCCUGGGAUCUGGAGACAUAGUAUGAUCUGACUUGAUAAGAAUGGAUUACUCCCAUCUUCACACAUAUGCUCCUCCCCAGUGUCUGCCAGACAACACUGGGUACACCUAUGCUCUAAGCUCAAGUUAUUCUUCAGCGGCCCUUGACUUUGAGACCUUCCAUAAGUUGGAUCCAGUUUUCGAUUCUCCAAGGAUGUCACGGCGAAGCCUCCGCUUGCUGACCACAGGAGGUCAUGCCAGUGAUCUGCACAAUGACAGCAUUGCUUCCAAUGCAUCUUACUCUGGAAGUAUCUCAUCUGAGGGCACUUUUAAACGGUCACUCAAGCAACAACUUAACCACAGCAGGCAGUCUUCAUCCAGCUCUCCUCAUUCGGCGCAGAGGAAAUCGGGCUCCAAUUCCUCCUUCCUGAGUCAGAGCACCUUUAGUACUGGUGGUGGUGGUGGUGGUGAUACCACUGCAAUGUCAUCCAUAUUGGACGAAUCAUUAAUAAGAGAACAGACUGAAGUGGAUCAUUUGUGGGGUCUUGAUGAUGAUGAUCCAAAAGCUAGUGAAACUACAGUGAUUCAAGCCAAUGGAGAUUUAAACUCUGCCCAGACACAAACCACUAUGAUUAAUUACACCUGCAAUGACUGUAGCAUACUGUCUGAUAGGAAUGAUGUCCUCACAGCAUAUUCUACAUCCCAUGCAAAGUCUGCAAACAAACACACAGCCUCAACAGUGUACUCCAGAGACAGGAGCCAAAAACAGAAGUCAAGAGAAAUGCUCUAUUUUUUACAUAAAACAAUGCUGCUGGUCAGAUCUUCUGCAUGUACUUUAGCAGCUCUGAUUGUUGACCUUUUUCAUAUGGUCCUACUGAAGCUUGGUUAUGAACUCAAAGCUCAUUCGAAUUACUGUGGAAGUAUGAAUGUGAGAGACUAUCUAAAAGAGGAUGGACACCUGCGUAUAAAUGGGGAAUCUUUGUGUGAUGACUGUAAGGGGACGAAACAUCACGAAACACAUACAACUGUCCAAACUGUUCACAGGCAGUCUUCACGGGCUAGAAGGGUGACGGCAUCCAUAUUGCACAUCUUUUCUUAUGCAGGGUACUUUUUGCAGCAAGCUGUGCGAAGCGUAGCAGCUUCAGGAUGGUUUGUAUCCAGGAAGGCGUUGUCGUUUCUUUGGUUGGCCAUUGUAUCACCAGGAAGAGCAGCUUCUGGAAUGUUUUGGUGGUUAGGCACAGGAUGGUACCAACUUGCCACUCUGAUAUCUUUAUUAAACGUGUUUGUUUUAACCAGAUGCCUUCCGAAAAUCAAGAAAUUGUUACCUUUGCUCCUCCUGUUACUGUUUCUGUUGGGUCUGUGGUAUUGGAAUUUUAUAGAUUUGUGGUCACUGCUUCCAGCAUUUGGUGGUGUAAGAAUGCAUGCAGGACAAACUGCUGAAGACACGGUUACAAACUUCAAGCCAACAUCUGAUAUUGAUGUACCCAACCAUGGCAAACCGGAAAUGGACUUGCAGUUUGUGAAUAAGAUGAAAGAAUUGGAAAAUCGGUUAGCUUUAAUGGCUGCUAACCAUAGCCAACACGUUAAAGACCAUGACACGCUGGUCCAUCUGGUGCAGAAUAUUCAAGAACAGGUUGCAAAAAUGGGUGACCAGAGCCAGAUAUCAGAAUUAAUUACUGCUAUCCUAAGCGAACGCUUGGCAAGAAUGACAACUGAGCAGAAGGACCAAUCCACGGGUGACUCCAAUUUAAGUAACACAGAUUACGAAGCUCGAAUCAUACAUUUGGAAACACUUCUGGGAAAACUCUCUGAGGCUAUCGAGGAAGACCGAACGUUAAGGACGAGCAGUGGAGGUGAUAAUCAGGAUUUUCUUAGAAGUAAAAUUCAGAGUCUGGAGCAAGAGUUUGCGGUUUAUAAAGCCGAAUUGUUGAAGGAGAAAACAGCCAGGACUAACUGUGAACAUGCAGAUUGUGUUCUUGAAAAGGUGGAUGCCAAAGUGAGGGAGUCACUGCAUAUGAUGUUUGCUAGUCAAGAAAACUUACCAGAAUCCUUCAAGCAAUGGCUUUCUGCAAAUUAUUUGAGCAAGAACGAUUUUAAUAAUGUUCUAAGGGAACUGGAACUUCGAAUUCUCAAGAACAUUACUCACCAUGUAUCCAUCACAAAGCAGGUUCCCUCCGCUGCAAUCGUGGAACAGGCAGUGACUGGAGGAAUAUCUGGCAUCACUGAAGAUGAAGCACGCGUUAUUGUCAAAAACGCACUAAAACUGUAUUCUCAGGACAGAACUGGCAUGGUCGAUUAUGCAUUGGAGUCUGGAGGAGGGAGCAUAUUGGGCACGCGUUGUUCAGAGACCUAUGGAACAAAAACGGCACUAUUGAGUCUCUUUGGAAUUCCAUUAUGGUAUUUUUCGCAAUCCCCCAGAGUGGUCAUACAGCCUGAUAUGUAUCCAGGAAACUGUUGGGCAUUUAAAGGAGCUCAAGGCUACCUUGUUGUUAGACUGUCAAUGAAGAUCUACCCAACGUCUUUCUCAUUGGAACACAUACCACGAUCACUCUCACCAACUGGCAACAUCACAAGUGCUCCAAAAGAUUUUGCUGUAUAUGGCUUAGAAGAUGAGUAUCAGGAAAAUGGCACUCUCUUGGUCCAUUCAACGUAUGAUCAAGAAGGAGAACCACUGCAAAUGUUCAAAUUGACGGAAGAAAAUAAGAAAUCCUUUCAGAUUGUGGAACUGCGCAUAUACUCCAACUGGGGGCAUACAGAUUAUACAUGUCUUUAUCGCUUCAGGGCUCACGGAACACCUGUUAAAUAGAAACACAGGUGGACUGCAAAUGUACUUUGUAUUUUUUUUAAUGUAAAUACUACAAACCUGGAACACUGGAAUUUAUCUGGAACAUGGAUUGGAGCCGUGUAUGCUGUUAUAUGAAUCUUUCACCCUCAAAAGAAGGAUCUGGUUUGCAAAAAAGAAACACUAAAAAAAUUUUGAUAUGCACUUGUCACUAUGCUUUACCAUUUAUCCCCAAGCUAAAGAAAAUGCUGCAUGCAGAUCACUCAGGAUUCAAAUGCCAAUUCGCAGGAAGAAUGCUGCAAAAAGCACCUAUGUACAUAGCACCUUGAAGGCCAAGUGUACGUCGCUCCUUGCUAUGGCAUAAUCCUGGGGGUUAUUCUAUACAGAGGAAUAUUAAUUUUGACAGGUUAUAUUUCAUCCUUUAGGAUAACCGUUCUGCGUUGGGUAUUGAGAGCAAAACGCGGGCAAUGGUUGAAAAGGGAUGUUUCAUUUCCCAGUGUGUGUUCCCUUCCUUUUUUUUUUUGUACGUAAAAUGCUGCUUCCUUUGUGGAUAACAAUAGUUGUGAAGAUAUUAUGCACCACCUAGCCCCUAGAUGCUUUUCUCAAACUGUGCCUCAUUGCACAUAUCUUUUAGUGUUUUUACUGCACAAUACUGCCAUGAGUUUGGUCUGAAGGCUGAGUCCAUGAUACCAGGCAAAUGGUUUAGCCAAGAUGUCUUGUACUAUAGUGCCCUCAGUUUCAUUGCUAAAGCAAUAUAUUUUCCAUCUGAACAAAUAUUAAAAUUCCUGCCAAAACUAAUAUAGAAACACCAGGGGAUUUAAUGGGGAGAAAACUGCUAGUCUUUUAGUGACUGAAGCAUUGCUUGAGACUUUGACUGGCGUUUUAACAAAGCUGCUGUAGAACCCCCUUCCCUUUGAGAGUAUGGAGAAUGCAGUAAAAAAAAAAAACCAAAGUUUAAUGUGUGUUCUCAAAUUGUGAAAUGCUUUAUUUCUAUACUACAAAGGCCGUGGGGUCCCAAAUGCUGACUUUUGGAGUAAAGCACUUGCAACUUCAUACCAGAGUUAGCAAACUUAGCUUGUAGAUUUACAGCAGAAAAUGUUCUGUAAAAGUUACUAAGCAAAAGUAUGAUAAAUUAGCCAAUGUCAAGUUCGUAAGAUGGUCUUAUUUGUAGCAAGUAUUUACGUUUACUUACCACGGUACAUUAUCAAACAGGAACACAUGCUACAAAUCUACUCAUUUUAACAGUACAGCCGCCAAUGGAUUUUUUUUUUUGUUUGUCUUAAAUUCAAUUCCAUUAAAAUAGGUGUUUUGUCUUUUCUGUAGCUGAUUUUUUUUAAAUGUAACAAAAUAUUUUAAGUUAUUGUGAGAGCUAGCCAAAACCAGACUCCAUAUAUUUUUAUGUAUAUUUAUAAAAUAAAUGAUUAGAGCACAGAGCCCCAUUAGACCCCCUAUCCCGAUGGUCUCUGAUUACAAAAUAUUUAACACAUUUCUCCCAAUGGCCAAAGAUGGUCUGCUGGCAGGAGUAUUUUUUAUAUUGCACAACAGUCCACAUACAUAAAUGUAACAGGCCAUGAAUUGGUGUUGAGAUGUACAGAAAUUGCUUAUUAUAAGUCAAACAUUCUAUGUAAAUCUAAAUUGGGAUGGGAUAAGGGAUAUUCAUUGCUUUCCAAAACACUAAUUUAUUUUUUAAGAUUAAAAAUAGGACUUUGUGCAAUGUAUUUUUGUAAAGGCUUUUCAAGUUUGUUUUUCAGUGAGUGUUAUUUGCUUGCUCUAUAUUGAAAAAAUUAUUGAACUGUUUUAAAUAAAGUUUAAUUUUUGAGUGCAUGUAA